CUUUUAAGAGCCAGCUGUGUGCCCGUCUGUAUGUGUGUGUAUGUGUGUCUGGCGGAGGAGCACGCUGGAAACGGAGAACGCGCCUGAUUGGUCGGAACUCAGUGAGUAUCCCCGCCCCGAGAGAGAAGAGUCCCCCUGAUUGGAAGAGGAAUGGAGGUAAACAGAAUAGAAUGUCCCCUUCUCUUGGAACCUAUGGGAGCCGCAUCCCAUUGUGACGCGUGGGGUUCUGUUAAAUUGUUACUGAGCAGGAGAAUGCCCGAACCCUGAGAGUGGAAGGAGACAGGGGGUGGGGGAGCGAGUCAGGCAAAAAAAAAAAAAAAAAAAGUGUCUCAUAUACAGCUUUUGUCUGAGAUUUCAUCACAGACUCUAUGACUGAGGAUGAAUGCACUGGGAAUACUGAGGGAGACAAAGCACCUGGUGCCCACUUGAUCCGCCUUCCUGUGGUGGAGAGCUAGAAUGCAGGCGAGUUAGGAGCAGACCUGACUGCGUGUCUUCUUUAUCUUGUAGAAGUUUGCCAAAGCAGGCAAGUGUGCUGCUGCAGACACAGGAGGGGCUUUGUAUAGUACAAGCGGUGUGGGGAGGUCCCAGACUAUCGCUGUCUGCGAUGAAGAUGAGGGGCUGGGUGCUCUCAGGCACACACUGAUAAGCUGCAGGAGGCACACUCGUUGCUACCUAGUUUUCUUUUGUUUUUGGAUCACUUGUCUCUUUCCAUCGCUAGCCUGCGUUGGCAAUGACAGCUGUCGCCUACAUGGACUUCGUUGCUGCUCAGUGUCUGGUGUCUAUUUCUAACCGUACUACGGCGCAGCACCCCGAGGGGCAGGAGGUGAGGGCAUCGCAGCCCCUAUCCCCGUCUCUAGACAGUACGUCAAUAUCUCCAGACUCUGCGCUGCACUUGAGGAAGAUACCCGAGCAAGAUCACCUGAGGGCCAUGCCUGACCAAGGGGUGACCAAGGAGCUUCACGAGGGACCCGGGGAAGCGUGGAAGGAUUACUGCACCUUGCUGACUAUAGCGAAAAGCCUGUUGGAGUUAAACAAGUACCGUCCCCUGCCUUCCCCCGUCUACAGUCACAGCGACGAGGAGCUAAGCUCGGACAGUGACGUGACCACCGAGUCCGGGCUCAGCUUCAGCCCGUCUUAUAGCCCGGGGAGCUCUACUCCCAGCCAUACGGACUACAGCCCUGAACCCGGCUCCACGCAGCCACACCCACUCAGCCAGGACACGCCCAGCUCCCCACCAACCCCCGUCCCUGCCAGGUCCGCUAAUGAAAAGAGGCACAGGUGCCCUUAUGCUGGAUGUGGCAAAGUAUAUGGCAAGUCCUCCCACCUCAAAGCCCAUUACAGAGUACAUACAGGUGAACGUCCUUUCCCGUGCACGUGGCCUGACUGCCUUAAAAAGUUCUCUAGGUCCGAUGAGCUGACACGCCACUAUCGGACACACACUGGUGAGAAGCAGUUCCGGUGCCCACUCUGCGAGAAGAGGUUCAUGAGGAGUGACCACUUAACCAAGCAUGCGCGUCGCCACACAGAUUUCCAUCCCAGCAUGAUCAAAAGGUCCAAGAGAUCCAAUUCCACUUUCAUCUGAAUACAUAGUCUGAGUAACAAAGCUUAUAACAGAAAAUCUCAACUGCUGUACAUAUCACAUUCUUGCAUCUAUCCAGAGGAAAUUUAGCAGUCUAACAUUCAUGCUUCUGCAGCAGUGUAUUUAUGAGAAUCUGCUGUCCAAUUUAUUUUGGUGGCACACAACUCUAGAUUUUUUUUCUUUGUAGUGGUGUGAUAUGUACCAUCACAGUUUUGACUGUAAGAUCUUCUGUGCUUGCUCUGGCAUGAAUAUGUGUUAUUGAAAUAGAUACCACAAUGGAUUUGCUUUACAUUCGUGAAAGAAGUGCAUACGAGAAUUCUUGGAACAUCAAUAUAUAUAUAAGGGAA